AGCAAAGGUGGCUGCGUGUCACCCCCGUGUUGGCCUCGCCCUCGCAGCUCGCACCACCACCUCAUCUCAUCACGGCACGGGCUCGCUCCCCUUCCACCCACCCGCGAUCUCCGCGCAGGCGCAGCUAGCUCGGCGGUCAGUCAGGCCUCCACCCACCGUCCCUCCUCUCGGCCUCCGUGCUCCCUCGCCGAACCCACCCCGGGCUCAACCACAGCCGAAGCAACGCAAGGCGCUCCCCUCCCUCCUCGGCUCCUCCCCAGAUCCGGCGCCGCCGCCACGCUCCGCUCCGCUGCCCUGCCUCCUCUCCUCGCCUGCGCGAUCUGAUGCGCCCCCACGCGGUCGCCAGCGGCGAUGCGGUGGAAGCUUAACUCGUCGGUGUACAAGCGCGUGCCGUCCAGGGAGGCCGCCAUGGAGCCCGACGUCGAGACGCCGAUGAGGGCGACGACGGAUGCCGUCGCGGGCCCGUCGUGGCGCAUGUCGCUGCCGCACGUCUGCGUCGCCACGCUCACCUCGUUCCUCUUCGGAUACCACUCCGGGGUGGUCAACGAGCCCCUGGAGAGCAUCUCCGCCGACCUCGGCUUCUCCGGCAACACACUUGCCGAAGGACUCGUGGUGAGCAUCUGCUUGGGCGGAGCCUUUAUCGGGUGCCUGUUCAGCGGCUCUGUCGCCGAUGGAAUCGGGCGCCGCCGUGCGUUCCAGCUCAGUGCGCUGCCCAUGAUCCUUGGUGCUGCCAUAAGUGCUCUCACCAAUAGUUUGGAGGGUAUGCUUCUAGGAAGAUUUUUGGUUGGAACAGGGAUGGGAUUGGGCCCACCAGUAGCUUCACUAUAUAUAACGGAGGUUUCUCCUCCUGCAGUGAGGGGUACAUAUGGGAGCUUUGUUCAGAUUGCGACCUGUCUUGGAAUCAUUGUAUCGCUCCUAAUUGGUACACCUGUUAAAGAUAUUGAUAGAUGGUGGAGAGUAUGUUUCUGGGUUGCAGCUAUACCAGCAACUUUACAAGCUCUUGGUAUGGAGUUCUGUGCCGAGAGCCCUCAGUGGCUAUAUAAGUGUGGAAGAACAAUUGAAGCAGAGAUGCAAUUCGAAAAGCUUCUAGGACCCCUUCAUGUAAAAUCAGCCAUGGCAGAACUCUCUAGAUCUGAAAGAGAUGAUGGAGAAAGUGUAAAAUACUCAGAAUUGUUUUAUGGUCGCCACUUCAAUGUUGUUUUUAUUGGCGCGGUGCUCUUUGCUUUACAACAGCUAUCUGGCAUAAAUUCUGUGUUCUAUUUCUCCUCAACUGUGUUCAGAGGUGUGGGGGUGCCUGCUAACCUUGCCAACAUAAGCAUGGGGAUUUCGAAUCUUUCAGGCUCCAUUAUAGCAAUGGUUCUAAUGGACAAAUUAGGUAGAAAAAUGCUUCUUUCAGGGAGUUUCCUUGGGAUGGCCUUCGCAAUGGGGCUUCAGGCUGUUGGAGCAAACCGUCAGUAUCUUGGUUCUACAAGUGUAUAUCUUUCAGUUGGUGGCAUGCUGUUGUUUGUCUUGUCAUUUUCAUUAGGAGCAGGCCCAGUUCCAGGACUUCUUUUGCCUGAGAUUUUCCCCAAUAAAAUACGAGCGAAGGCUGUGGCUCUCUGCAUGUCUGUGCAUUGGAUUGUAAACUUCUUUGUUAGUCUGCUGUUCUUGCGUCUUCUGGAGCAACUUGGUCCACAGGUCCUGUACACAAUAUUUUCAUCAGUCUGUGUGGUAGCUGCAAUAUUUGUGCGGCGCCAUGUCCUUGAAACAAAGGGAAAGACUUUGCAAGAGAUAGAAGUUUCACUCCUACAAGCACAAUAAAGGUUCUAUCUGGGUGGUACAGAUUCGAUGGUGACACGACACUGCUUGCUGAAUACCAACCAGCUGCUCUGGUAUCCCGCUUGCUGAUUCCUGAAUCAAGUCGUCUCUUGAGAAUGGCGGUGCCCUACAAUGGUCCCAGGGAAGUUACAGACAUGCGCCUGCGACCGCUAGGGCAUCGCAGUUUCUACGUAGACAUGUACUGAGGUUGUGCCUGUAUAGCCCACCCUAGGUAUAGGAUACCUUGUAUUUUCUUUUCUAUUUAUACAAAGACGUGUUAAAGUACCAAUGAGGAGAUACUACAGCUUGGCUGUUGAUGAGCACAGUUAGAACGAGUAACAUCUCAUGAUUUGCAUCGGGCGAAUAAUUAAGAACCCUGCGCGGCAUGCGUUUUUUGAUGGAA